CAACACUCUUAUUUCGGUAAAUAGCAUCUCUGUGGCCAUGAUGUAUUCUUUGCUACGAAUCAUUGAUGACUUGCUUGUCUGUUUGCACUUUGGUUUAUGAGUCGAAAAAGCUUGCCGUCAGAAAGGCGCCCCCAACAUGCGGCUUUUCCAGCAGGUCUGUCUUUCCCUCGGGACGCAGUGACAUGAGAGCAGGACCUCGGUUCUGAUUAACAAGGGGGAUGAACAGCUCUCCGCCUGGAUUACGGUUGCGAAAGGUCAUUUGGAGGUUCGGAAUUGCCAUUUGCCUCUGCCCGAGGCUUAGAAGACUGGCAAUGAUGGUGACAAGCUACCAUAGAAUGGUGCAGAGUUGUGAAGCCAAAUUAUGUCAUUAAACUACAUCAAAAACUUUUAUGAAGGAUGUCUCAGGCCUCCGACAGUGAUAGGCCAGUUUCACACACUGUUUUUUGGCUCAGUGCGUACAUUUUUCCUUGGAGUCCUUGGAUUCACCGUCUAUGGCAAUGAGGCCCUCCACUUCAGCUGUGAUCCGGACAAAAGGGAAAUAAACCUUUACUGUUACAACCAGUUCAGGCCUAUAACACCUCAGGUAUUCUGGGCGUUGCAGCUAGUCACUGUCUUGGUACCUGGAGCUGUGUUUCAUCUUUAUGCUGCCUGUAAAAAUAUAGACCAGGAAGAGAUCCUUGAGCGGCUAGUGUCCACAGUUUUCUACAUCAUCUCUGUCCUGUUGAGAAUAAUUCUGGAAGCCUUAGCAUUUUGGCUUCAGAGCCACCUUUUUGGGUUCCUGGUUGAUCCUAUUUAUAUGUGCGAUGUCAGUGCCCUUGCAAAGAUCUUCAACAUCUCGAAGUGUAUGGUCCCUGGACACUUUGAGAAGACUAUCUUCCUCAGUGCGAUGUACACCUUCACCAUCAUCACCAUCCUCCUUUGUAUCGCUGAGAUUUUUGAAAUUCUGUUCCGAAGACUCGGUUAUUUAAACCAGCCAGUGACUUGAGAAUUUAGAAAGUGUUUUGAGUGAUGCUUUAGAUGGGUCUCUGAAUGACAGACAGGACAUAAACCCACAUACCUCUGCAUGUUCUGGUGGUAGACACAGAAAUACAUGCUUUUUUUAAAACAAGACAACUUAUCAUUCCUUUUCUGGAAUAAUCAAAACAAAACUAAGCUAAUUAAUGGCAAGGGACUCAUUAAUCUUUUUAGAUUUUUAGAUUUUUUUUAAGCUUACAAAACACCUCUCUAGCAGGAGACACUCUUUUUUUUACUUGUGUAAUCUAAUCCAAACCCCAUAUAAAUAUUUGGUAGGUAAUUAUUAUCUUUGCAAUAAUAUUUUCAGAUUUCAAUAUUGAAGUACUACACAAAUUGCAAGUAC